AUGGCGCCUUCUCGGAGACCCCUGGCGCGGCUGCGGCCGCCGGGGAUGCUGCUCGGCGCGCUGCUGCCCCUGCUGCUCUUCAGCUCCCUUCCAGGAGUGUGGUGCUUCAGCGAACUGUUUUUUAUGAAAGAACCACAGGAUGUAACUGUCACAAGAAAGGACCCAGUCAUAUUAGAUUGCCAGGCUCACGGAGAAGUUCCUAUUAAGGUCACGUGGUUGAAAAACGGAGUAAAAGUGACUGAAAAUAAACGGAUCCAAGUUCUUUCCAAUGGCUCUUUAUACAUCAGUGAGGUGGAAGGCCGGCGGGGCGAGCAGUCCCAUGAGGGAUUUUAUCAGUGCUUGGCCAUGAACAAAUAUGGAGCCAUUCUUAGUCAAAAAGCUCAUCUCACCUUGUCGUCUAUUUCUGCAUUUGAAGUGCAGCCAAUUUCCACCGAGGUCCAGGAUGGUGGAGUUGCUAGAUUUGCCUGCAAGAUUUCAUCCAACCCUCCUGCAGUCAUAACAUGGGAGUUCAAUCGGACAGCUCUACCUAUAACUAUGGACAGGGUAACCACCCUUCCGACAGGAGUGUUGCAGAUCUAUGAUGUGGGCCAGAGGGAUGCUGGUAAUUACCGUUGUGUUGCUGCUACUGUGGCCCACAAACGUAAAAGUAUGGAGGCCUCUCUAAUAGUGAUUCCAGCUGAGGAGUCUAAACCCUUCCACUCACCAACCAUUAUAGCUGGCCCUCAGAACAUGACUGUGUCUCUGCAUCAAACUGUUGUUUUGGAAUGCAUGGCCACAGGAAACCCCAAGCCGAUCAUUUCUUGGAGCCGUCUUGAUCACAAAUCCAUUGAUGUCUUUAAUACACGGGUACUUGGAAAUGGUAACCUCAUGAUAUCCGAUGUCAAGCUGCAGCAUGCUGGAGUCUAUGUUUGUCGGGCCACAACCCCCGGCACACGCAACUUUACCAUUGCUAUGGCAACUUUAACUGUAUUAGCUCCUCCUUCAUUUGUUGAAUGGCCAGAAAGUUUAACAAGGCCUCGGGCCGGCACUGCUCGAUUUGUGUGUCAGGCAGAAGGAAUUCCCUCACCCAAAAUGUCAUGGUUGAAGAAUGGAAGGAAGAUUCACUCAAAUGGUAGAAUUAAAAUGUACAACAGUAAACUGGUAAUUAACCAAAUAAUUCCUGAAGAUGAUGCAAUUUAUCAGUGCAUGGCUGAGAAUAGCCAAGGAUCUGUUUUAUCUAAAGCCAGACUGACUGUAGUAAUGUCAGAAGACAGACCCAGUGCCCCCUAUAACGUGCAUGCUGAAACUAUGUCCAGUUCAGCCAUCCUUUUAGCUUGGGAGAGGCCACUUUAUAAUUCAGACAAAGUCAUCGCUUAUUCUGUGCACUACAUGAAAGCAGAAGGUUUAAAUAAUGAAGAGUAUCAAGUAGUCCUCGGAAAUGACACGACGCAUUAUAUUAUUGAUGACUUGGAACCUGCCAGUAAUUAUACGUUCUACAUUGUGGCUUAUAUGCCAAUGGGAGCCAGCCAGAUGUCUGAUCAUGUUACGCAGAAUACUCUAGAGGAUGUUCCUCUGAGACCUCCUGAAAUCAGUUUGACAAGUCGAAGUCCCACCGACAUUCUCAUCUCCUGGCUGCCAAUCCCAGCCAAAUACCGGCGUGGCCAAGUGGUGUUGUAUCGUCUGUCCUUCCGCCUAAGUACUGAGAACUCCGUCCAAGUUCUGGAGCUCCCAGGGACCACACAUGAGCACCUUUUGGAAGGCCUGAAGCCUGAUAGUGUCUACCUGGUCCGGAUCACUGCAGCCACCAGAGUGGGGCUGGGAGAGUCAUCAGUGUGGACUUCACACAGGACACCCAAAGCUACCAGUGUGAGAGCUCCCAAGUCUCCAGAGUUGCAUUUGGAGCCUCUGAACUGCACCACCAUUUCUGUGAAGUGGCAACGCGAUGCCAAGGACACAGCAGCCAUUCAGGGCUACAAGCUGUACUACAGAGAAGAGGGGCAGCAGGAGAACGGGCCCAUUUUCUUGUCCACCGGGGACCUGCUCUACACGCUCAGUGGCUUAGACCCCAGAAGAAAAUACCACGUGAGGCUGCUGGCUUACAACAGCGUGGAGGACGGCUACCAGGCAGAUCAGACCGUCAGCACCCCAAGCUGCGUGUCUGUCCGUGAUCGUAUGGUCCCUCCUCCACCACCACCCCACCAUCUCUAUGCGAAGGCGAACACCUCAUCUUCCAUCUUCCUGCAUUGGAGGAGGCCUGCGUUCACCACUGCACAGAUCAUUAACUACACCGUGCGCUGUAACCCUGUGGGCCUGCAGAACGCUUCCCUGGUUCUGUACCUUCAAACAUCAGAAACUCACAUGCUGGUUCAAGAUUUAGAACCAAACACCAAAUAUGAAUUUGCUGUUCGACUGCACGUGGAUCAACUUUCCAGUCCUUGGAGCCCUGUAGUCUACCAUUCUACACUUCCAGAAGCCCCAGCAGGCCCACCAGUUGGAGUAAAAGUGACGCUGAUAGAAGAUGACACUGCUCUGGUUUCUUGGAAACCCCCUGAUGGCCCAGAGACGGUGGUGACGCGGUACACGAUCCUGUAUGCAUCCAGAAAAGCCUGGAUUGCAGGAGAGUGGCAAGUCCUCCACCGUGAAGGGGCAAUAACCAUGGCAUUGCUGGAAAACCUGGUGGCAGGAAAUGUAUACAUUGUCAAGAUAUCUGCAUCCAACGAGGUGGGAGAAGGACCCUUCUCAAAUUCUGUGGAGCUGGCAGUCCUUCCAAAGGAAACUUCCGAAUCAAAUCAGAGGCCCAAGCGUUUAGAUUCUGCUGAUGCCAAAGUUUAUUCCGGCUAUUACCACCUGGACCAGAAGUCGAUGACUGGCAUUGCUGUAGGUGUUGGCAUAGCCCUGACCUGCAUCCUCGUCUGUGUUCUCAUCUUGAUAUACCGAAGUAAAGCCAGAAAAUCAGCUGCUUCUAAGACGGCACAGAACAGACCCCAGCAGUUGCCUCGUACCAGUGCCUCUUCAGUAAGCAGAAGUGAAGUGGGAAAGAACCUGGAAAGAGCCGUUGAGAAUGAAGAAUCCUUAAUGCCAAUGAUGGCGCCCAGCAACUUCAUUGAUGCAAAGGGAGGAACUGACCUGAUAAUCAACAGCUAUGGUCCUAUAAUUAAAAGCAACUCUAAGAAAAAAUGGCUUUUUUUCCAAGACUCUAAGAAGAGGAAAGUUGAGCAGCCUGCAAGAAGAUUCACUCAAGCUGUCUGCUUUUAUCAGCCGGGCACUACUGUGCUCCUUGGUGACGAAGACUCCCCCGGCUCCCCAGGCCAGACAGCCAGCUUCCCAAGACCCUUUGGUGCCGCAGUGGAUACUGAACAUUCAGCAAACAGUGAAGGGAGCCACGAGACUGGCGACUCUGGAAGGUUCUCCCAUGAGUCCAAUGAUGAGAUACACCUGUCCUCUGUCAUAAGCUCCACACCCCCAACAUCCAGUUCUCUCACUGGUAGUGAUUCUGGGGAGGACCCCACGACGAGGAAGUGUGAAGACCCUGCAGUGCCAGCCACUGUGGAGCAGACCCCAGCGUCUGUGCCGCGGCCCUCACCCACGAUGCGAUGCUUGGAGAAAGGUUUUCCCGUCUAG